AUGUCCGACACUUGUAUUGUCUGUUUAGGCGACCUUGGCGAAAGCGCCAGUGAUCCCCUCGAGCCCGUGCCAAGCCCUGACACUCCCGCUACCGUUACCGCCUUCAAGGAUGUCGGCACUGCCGAUGUCGUUGUCCAGGUUAAGGAUGGGCUCGUCGAUGAGGAUCCUGGCGACAUCGCCCAGCUAUUACCUUGCGGCCAUAUAUUACACAAUAAUUGUUUGAAACCAUGGGUCGAGCGGGCCAACAGUUGCCCGAUAUGUCGUCGGAACUUCAACAUGGUUGAACUGAGUGACCGGGUUGGCGGUCCCGUGACAUCGUCGUACGCUGUCCAAGAUCGGACUCAACAGGCCGAUGUUGACCCAUCGAUGCUUAUCGAGUAUAUUGAAGACGACCUUUCCGACGUCCAACCUUGUACGAUCUGUAAUGAAUCUGAUAAUGAGGAUGUCCUCCUAUUAUGUGAUGGAUGCGAUGCACCCUCCCACCUAUAUUGUGUUGGCUUGACGGAGAUCCCCUCGGGAUCAUGGUAUUGUACCCAGUGCGACUCUCAACGUGCGCUUGGGCCUGUCCCAGAAACCACCGCACGCUCAGUUCGCUCAGCUCGCCGUGGAACCCGCCGCACCCGUGGGCAACAGCGUCAAAUGCAAAAUACCAGCCAGAUGAACUCCCUUCACUGGGCUCGCGUUUGGCAAUCUGUUUGGGACCAUUUAAAUCUCGAUUUGGAUUUCCCUUUCGACGAUGACCGAUCGGCCCAGCGCGUCAUGCAGCAACGUCGUCGAAAUGAAGCCAACCAGCGCGAGUUUCGUGCAUGGCAGCGUCGAUUCGAGGUUGCCGAACAGCAAGGCGGGGGUAGACGUUUUCAAGAUGCUGCUCCUCUGCUCGACAUCCAACCUCGCCCAUCGCGACCUCGUGUGCCCAGAGAACCGACACCCGAGCCAGAGUCCUUGGAGGAGAUGCGAGCAUGGAAUGCAUUUGAGCGUGCUCGAGAGAUCGAGAAUAACCCGAACGCCUCUCGGAAGCGCAAGGAGCCGACCAUGUCGCCAUCACCCGAACCAACCGAACCACAGCGGAAACUAAAGCGACCUCGCACUCGACGGCCUCAAGAACUGGCUGCGAUGGCUCAGCAGAAUGGCGAGUCCUCACGAGCGGGGAGUUCAAAUGCGCGCGCAAAUGGAGAGAUGACCAGUGAACCCAGCUUCCUCUCCUCCCUCUUGAAAGAGGUGGAAGAUGCAUCAACUCCCGAGCGCACCAAUUCCCAUGGACCGUCAGCCGCUGCCUCCGUUGCCCCUGAUCAUGGGUCGCCCGGGCCCUCUUCUCCAUCUAUUUCUCCAUCUUCUUCGAGGUUCUCAUCUCCUCGCCUUGCCUCAACAACGCCUCCGCCGUUUCCUAGAAGCCGUCCAAUCUCCCCUCUCCAACUCUCAUCUCCUGCCGAACCCUCGUCUCCUCCUUUCUCUCCCGAGGUUUCAUUCUCCGGCAGCGCUCACUCCUCUCCUACCAAGAGCCGCAGUCCACAAUCAGAGCGCGAGUCCGGCCGCCCACGUGCACGCAUUCCUCGCCGGGCCUUGGAACUUGCCAACUCCCGCUCGCUGGAUACAUCUCCCACCCGUGCUGGACCCUCUCUGGCCGUCAAGUCCGACAUUCAAAAGAUGGUUGGCACCUCUCUCAAGCCUCACUACCGAGCGAAGACUAUUUCUAAAGACCAAUACACCGAAAUAAACCGAAACAUCUCCCGCAUGCUAUACGAACGCGCCGGAACCGCCGAGUCCCUUGAUGUGGACUCCCGAGCUGACAUUACAGCGGCGGCCAAACACGAAGUGCAAAAGAUGAUUGAUUCACUGCGGACUCGCAAGAAGGACAAACAUCCUAUGGUGGUAACCAGCGACUCGGACCGCGAUGUACUAUGA